UCACAGUUUUAUUGGUUCAACCGUAUAUCGAUGAAACGUAGUGACUCUAACGUAGUUAACGCAGUUUCCUCUUAUAAAAUGGGAGUGUUUCAGGCUUCUUUUAUUCCUUCGAAGUUCGUGGCACCAAAGCUCUCGUUUGUGCCUCAUUUUUCUGAGUUUUUUGUAACGCCAAAUGUUAUUGGUAAGCGAUGGAUUGUAAGUACGGCCAAGAAAGAGGGAGUUGGGGAGGAAAUCGCUAAAUAUGAUGGUAUAUUUUCAUGGUUGUAUGUGAUUAUGGUCUCAUUGUGCGAAACCGCUAUUAUGAGUUUUGAAUUCAAAUAUAGGUACGAAGUUCGUUAUGAAGAAGGACAAGAAUGUGGUGGAGGAUACGUGAAGUUAUUGAGUGAAGGUGCCGAAAAGAACCUCGCCAAUUUCCAGGUUGUGCUUUCAUGUGUAUUAAUGGGUUAUACUUAUGUGUUUAUUUCGCUUCGAAAAGAAAAAUUUGUGUUUCUAGGACAAAACUCCAUACACUAUCAUGAGUAUCACGUCAAACAACCUUCAAACAUCGGUUCUACGUACUGGGAUGACCACGAAACGCAUCUCUACACUUUAGUGGUGCACUUAGAUGGAGCGUAUACUAUCUCAGUAGAUCAGAAAGAAGUGAUUCGAGGAAAUAUGCUCAGCGAUCUUGUUCCACCACUCCAACCUCCCAAAGAGAUCGCCGACCCUCACGAUACUAAGCCAGUUGACUGGGAUGACAGGGCUGAAAUUGACGAUGAAUCUGCUGUGAAACCAGAUGAUUGGGAUGAGAACCUACCUCGUGAAGUGGUUGACGAAAAUGCUGUGAAACCCUCCGAUUGGCUUGAGGACGAAUCAGAGUUGAUCCCCGAUCCGGAAGCGGUGAAACCAAGUGACUGGGACAGCGAUAUGGACGGAGAGUGGGAACCACCAAUGAUUGACAAUCCAGCGUGUAAACAUGUUAGCGGUUGCGGUCCGUGGAAAAAGCCCCUCAUUCCGAACCCACUGUAUAAGGGCAAAUGGAUUCGCCCACGCAUUCCAAAUCCUAAUUUUCGUGGUGUGUGGGCUCCACGGCAAAUUGAGAAUCCCGGCUAUUUCGAACCCGUACCCUUUGAGGGUCUUGCACCUAUCACAGCAAUUGGAAUAGAACUUUGGACAAUGAGUCAGAAUAUCGUUUUCGAUAAUAUUCUUGUAUGUGAUUCGGAAGAUUUGGCAGCUGACAUUGCUCGACAGACGUAUACCGUUCGACGUGCUGAAGACGCACGGUUUGCGGCAAGCCAAGGCAAAGGGGCGGGAAUAGUGCAGGGCAUCAUCGACGCUGCGAAUGAGUAUCCUUGGUUAUGGGUUGUCUAUGUGCUCUGUUUCCUCAUUCCUAUCAUUUUGAUUGGUGUGUGUUGCUUCGGACGCAAGUCAAAUGCAGAGAUUUCAACUGGGCAGAGAAAGAAAACUGAUGCUGUCACUGUUGACGAUGAGGUGCCGAAUCUUGUGGAUGAUGAAGAGGAAAAGGACCUAGAGGAUGCUGAGAUUGAGGACGUAAGUAUUUCUUACUCACUUUACGGUACUUGA